AUGGAGUUUGCCGUACUUGUAAAAACGCUUACGGGCGCUUCAAGAUCCUUUACGGUCCGGCCGACGACCACAGGCGAGCAGAUGAAGAUGCUAAUUCAGGAAUGUUAUGGUUACCCUCUUGAUCAGCAGCGCCUGCUCUAUAAUGGCAGGCAGCUUGACGACUGGGACAUCUUUGAGGAGUGCGGCAUACAAGCAAACAGCACUUUACAUCUGAUCAUGCGCCUUCGAGGCAUGAUAAGCAUAUUCAAAGUCAGCAGUGAAGACGACUCUUUGUCCACCUACCUAAUGCUUUCGGACGACGAACGUGCGAGAGCGGAAGUUCCACUGGAAGACUUGCAAAGGAAAUUUGAGGAGGAAAAUGCUGGUCAAUGGUCAACGUUCGCGUUUACAGAAGACGCCGGGAUUUUGGGGCCUGCUGUGCGACGCAGGUUGAGCGAGUUUCUGGAUUUCAUGUGGUCGCGAGAGACGACUGAUUCCUCCAGAGUCGACUUGCGUAUGCAUCUUCCAGAUGAGGAGUUUAUUCUUUUGCUGGCCACUGUUGGAAACAAUCACGCCGAGAUUCUGGAGGCUUUAAGACAUGCUUUCACUGACAUCCCCGGGACUCCGCAAGCUCGCGGAGAAUCCAAGAUAGCUUUGCGCAUGACAAGAGGGCCGAGCAACGGGUGCAUCAACUUCCACUGCGACGGUGGCUACGCGACAGGCACCGUGCAGAUUGCCUUGUCGGAACCCUCCGAGUACCAAGGUGGGAGGCUCUGCUUCUUCGUGAAUGAUCGUCUCCACGUGUUAGAACGCCCUGCAGGCUCCAUGUGCCAACAUCCUCGCGCGGUGCUUCAUGCAGUGACCGCGUUGACGGGAGGCACGCGCAAGAGCCUUUUUGUGGUCGACAAGUGCAAUGGCCUGGGCGAAAAUGGGGUCGUUGUGGCAUCCCGGGAGGAUGUCCAAGAGUUCCUCGAACUCGUUGCCUCGCGUGAACCCAGUGACUGUCCGCAGGUGCAGAUGUGCUGCAUGUGUCUUGCCCGGCCUUCGGCCUGUGCCCUACUACCUUGUGGACAUCUCUGUGUUUGCCCGGUCUGCUCUGUGAGUGCAGAUCUCAGGGCAUGCCCUGUUUGUAGAAGCCCUGUGCAGCAAACUGCCAGGGUAUUUGUGUAG